AGAGAGAGAGUGAGAGAGUAUGGAGAAAAGGAAGGAGAAGCGAAUUAGGUCAGAUGAUUCCGACGAUUCAGAUAAGAAUGUUUCCAGCAAAAGAUCGUCGCAAUUCGACCGAAUCGGAGGAAGAAGUAGAGGAAAAGGAAGAGGAAAGAGAAGAAUAUGCCAUGAAAGAGACAUGGAUACGCCCGAGAAGGAUAAUGACUCUGAUGGAAGCAGAAAGCAUGUGGGUUUGACUUGUCAUCAAUGUAAGAACCUAACCGAUAAGGCUGAUCUUGUCUUCUGCUCUAAAUGCAUCAAAACUAAAAAGCGCUAUUGCUAUGACUGCAUCAAGAAAUGGUAUCCUGAGAGAACCUCUGAGGAAGUUCAAGCUGCCUGUCCUUUCUGUAUGGAGAAUUGCAACUGCAAAGCUUGUUUGCGUCAACCUUUGCUUGUUAAGAGAUCGAGUGAAAAGGAGGAGAAUGUUAAGCUCAAGCGGUUGCAAUACCUAUUAGUUAAAGUUCUUCCAUUUCUUAGGGGUAUUUAUGCAGAGCAGAACCAUGAGCUAGAGACUGAAUCAUCAAUUAGAGGAGUCCCUGUGACAGAAUCUGACAUUACUAGCUGCGAAGUUAGCGUUAAUGAGCGCAUAUGCUGUGACCUAUGCCGCACAUCCAUUUCCAAUUUUCACAGAAGCUGUCCAAAAUGUUCAUGCGAUGUAUGUCUUUCCUGCUGCAAGGAACUAAGAGAGGGCUUCUAUGAUAAAGAGAACAAUGGGAAGAGAAAUGCAGAAGGGACAGUUAAUUCCAAAGCCUCUGUUCCAGAUAUCUCUAGUUGGAAGUUUAGCUCAGACGAUAGCAUUCAAUGCCCUCCAGAAGAGUGUGGUGGUUGUGGUACUUCAACACUGGAGUUAAGACGCUUAUACGAAUGUGAUUGGAUUGAAAAGCUUAUAACAAAUGCAGAGGAAGUUACUCUGCAGUUUAGGCCACCAGAUGUGGAUAUUUCUCAUGAAUGUUCCUCAUGCACUGCAAAAUCAAGUUCCAUCAUCAGAAGGCGGGCGGCGUUUAGGAAGAAUGCUUAUGACAACUUCUUAUACUCCCCAAAUGCUGUUGAGGACGAUAUUGCUCAUUUUCAGUCGCAUUGGAUGAGGGCGGAACCUGUGAUAGUCAGAAAUGUUCUGGACAAGACAUCUGGACUAAGUUGGGAUCCAAUGGUUAUGUGGAGGGCUUGCAGGGAAAUGAAGCCAAAAGUUAAUGGCAAAGGAGAUGGGAAAAGCGUGAGAGCUUUGGAUUGCUUGGACUGGUGUGAGGUUGAAAUCAAUAUUCAUCAGUUUUUUGACGGUUACUUGAAAGGCCGCAUGCAUCCCAAUGGUUGGCCAGAAUUGUUAAAAUUGAAGGAUUGGCCUCCAUCAACUUUAUUCGAAAAACGUCUUCCAAGGCAUAAUGCUGAAUUUAUUGCUGCGUUGCCCUUCUUUGAUUACACUGACCCAAAGUAUGGUAUCCUGAAUCUCGCAACAAGACUUCCAGAUGAAUCCUUGAAGCCAGAUCUUGGUCCCAAGACAUACAUUGCUUACGGUUUCCAUGAAGAACUUGAUAGAGGAGAUUCUGUGACAAAGCUACAUUGUGAUGUUUCUGACGCGGUCAAUGUGCUGACACACACAUCUAAAGUGGAUAUAACUCCCCGGCAAUACAAACGUAUGAAAAAAGCACAGAAAUACUAUGAAGAAGACGAGUUGUUGCGUAAACAAUACGCUGGUCAACAGACAGAAGCCAGUGAAUGUGAAAACAAGUCACUGGAAGAAGUAGAGAAUGAGGAAGCUUUAAAGAAAUGCGAUGGUCUUAAAGCAGCUAAAGAAGAGCCAUCAAAUAGCAGUUCGAGACCGUCCAGCCCACAAGAAGUUGAUAAAAUAUUUGCUUCAAAAGGUGAAUGUACCAAAACUGAAAGAGCUGAUCCUAUGGAAGGGUCCUGCAGUUCGUAUUCUUGCACUACUGCUAUGGAGACUGUUCCUGAUGCGGAUGCGGGUUUAGUUUCUCAGAAGAAUGUAACGCUGAUAAACGAACCAAUUGCUGGUGAGAAUUAUAAAGAUGUCUGUUUGAAGACAGAGAGAUUAUCUCCAAAGAACCAAAAUGAAGAUGAUCCCACAGUGGAGAACGGACUAAUGAUGCCAACAGUUCCUUCAACAGCCCCGUGGGACACAGAUGGCUGUCUCCCACAGCCUGUGGAACCCGUUAAAGAGGAGAAACUGGAUUCUCCAAAGGAGACUGGUGAUGAACUAAUGACGUCAACACCUUCAACUCCCCCGUUGGAUAAAGAUGAUAGACAACCUGUUGUGGGUACAAGUGCGGAGUCCUUAGAAGAGCAGAAACCUGUUGCUCCAAAAGAAGCUAAUGGCAAUGCCGAAGAAAGCUCUAAGACGGAUGUGCAUGGUGGUGCUGUGUGGGACAUCUUUCGGAGAGAGGAUGUUCCAAAACUUAAUGAGUAUUUGAAAAGACACAAGCAUGAGUUUCGUCAUUUCUAUAACAAACCUGUGGAAUCUGUUUCUCACCCAAUUCACGAUCAGAGUAUGUUCUUAAAUGAAAGCCACAAGAAACAGCUGAAGGAGGAAUUUGAUAUAGAGCCAUGGACGUUUGUGCAACACCUCGGUGAAGCUGUUUUCAUCCCUGCGGGUUGUCCUCACCAAGUGAGGAAUAUACAGUCAUGCAUAAAGGUAGCACUUGAUUUUGUCGCUCCUGAAAGCUUAAAGGAAUGCCUUAGGCUAACAGAGGAGUUCCGGAAACUACCAAAAGACCACAGAUCCAACGAAGAUAAACUAGAGCUUAAGAAAAUAGUGCUGCAUGCUGCCAGCUCCGCCAUAAGCGAGGCACAAGAUCUAUUAAUGCAAAAGUCCAUGACAGAAUAAAGCUAACAAAAGACUCACUGGUGUGUUCUUCGAAUGAGACAUCAAACUCGACAUUGUACGACUUGGUUUGUCCACAGAGAACAAACUCCCAUGUAACACUAUUGUAUCAGUAAACUAUUCUGUCGCAUACAUUAUUGUAUCAACAAAUUAUUCCUUGACACUUGUUUAUGUAACAUCAAAAUUAAGAUCCUUCCCUCUUGUCUUAA